AUGAACAACUCAUCCCAUUCUCAAUGGCCCGACGAACUUCCUUCCCCUCCUUUUGUACCCGCUUCGCUCCCUACGCGGCGUCCUUCACGCCGGCCCACGCACAGGGCGCACCCUUCGUUUAGUGAACCUCCAGAGCUGGUCCUGCAAUUGCCAGUGGAAGAGCCGCAGCCUAAUGAUGUAGGAACGACAGAGACGCCGCAGCAGACGGUUGAUCAUGAUCCAUUGUUGGCACUCUGUCAUUCCUACAACGUCGUCAAAACGUACCCCAUCCGACCUCAUAAGUUAACGAUAACUUACGAUCUCAUCACGCUCCCGAACAUGAACCCUCAACCCACCCACGUCCUCGCGGUCCACGACACUCCCCUCUCAGACCCUAAUACCCAAAUCCACCUCGUCCCCGUCGAUCUGAACCUCAUGUCCCAAAAGUUUCGCCUCGGCGAUUACCUCAAUUUCCCUCCGUCCUCUAGUUCCUCGACCGCAUCGCCCCACUCACCCACAUUCUCGAGCUCGACCCCAGGCCCAUCAUCACUUAGUCCCCUCGGACACACAUACGACUCCUCAUUUUCAUCCACGUCAAGACCUUCAACACCCACAUCCCCAUCUUCCAGUGCCACCCCUUCUUCCGCGUCCUUCCCAUCGCCUCUAACACUCCCACUCCCCCCAUCUCCCUCGUCCACCGGCGCGACCACCCCCCGCCGCAGCUCCGCCUACAUCCUCACUCUCCCCGUCCUAACCCUCUCAGUCCCACACGCCCCCUCCCUACCCCUCCUCCUCCUCUUCGCCCUCGGCUUCCGAAACGACCCCUCCCUCCUCGCCGCCCACCUCGUCCCUCUCGCCGCCAUCGAAGAGUUUCCGUCCGCUGUCGCGAUGGCGCAGGUUAUGGCUUCGUGCUGCGAUAGUGCGCGGUUGGGGCGGUAUACAAGGCAUAAUCAGGGGGCGUGGAAGAAUGUGCUGGCGUUGGGGAUGGGGGACGAGAGGUUGUGUAGGGUGGUGCAGACUGUGUGGAAUGUGACGGCGGAGGCGAGGAGGAUUUGGGGGAUGGAGAGGAUGGGGCGGAGGAUGGAUUUGACGCCGUAA